GGCCCCGGCGCGGGGGGCCGCCUAGCAUGGCCCGGGGAGGGGCGCCCCCCGCCUCAUCGUCUGGCCCGGAGCCCCUGCCCCGCCGCGCCUUGCGGAAGCUGCUGCUGGUCCUCGGCUCCCUGCUCAUGUCUCUCUACGCCAGUUACUGCCUAGCCGGGGCGGCGCGCGUCCUCGCCAGGGAUCCGGCCCCGAUUCCGGUCUCUCAGGGCGAGGAGGCGGCCGGCACGCCCCGGGAUCCUUUGCUGCAACCCCAGCCAGGGGGAGAGGGCAACAAGCGGCUGCCCCAAGCGGUGAUCAUCGGCGUGAAGAAGGGCGGCACUCGAGCGCUGCUCGAGUUUCUGCGGGUGCAUCCGGAUGUGAGGGCUGCGGGCGCCGAGCCGCACUUCUUCGACCGCAACUAUGGCCGGGGACUCGCUUGGUACAGGGAUUUGAUGCCAAGAACGCUUGAUGGACAGAUCACCAUGGAGAAAACUCCCAGCUACUUUGUGACCAAGGAAGCACCGGCUCGUAUCUCUGCCAUGUCAAAGGGCACCAAGCUCAUUGUGGUGGUGAGAGACCCAGUUACCAGAGCCAUUUCUGACUACACACAGACUCUGUCCAAGAAACCCGACAUCCCCACCUUUGAGAGCCUGACCUUCAAAAACAGGACUACGGGCCUUAUCGAUACCUCCUGGAGUGCCAUCCAGAUCGGCAUUUAUGCCAAGCAUCUGGAAAACUGGCUCCUGUAUUUCCCCAUUGGGCAAAUCCUCUUUGUCAGUGGGGAGCGGCUAAUCAGUGAUCCAGCAGGGGAGUUAGGCCGAGUCCAGGACUUCCUUGGCCUCAAGAGGAUCAUUACAGAUAAACACUUCUACUUCAACAAAACCAAGGGUUUUCCAUGCCUGAAAAAGGCAGAAGGCAGUAGCAAACCCCACUGCCUAGGCAAAACAAAAGGACGGACCCACCCCAAUAUAGACCAGAAGGUGGUGCAGAGGCUACGAGAGUUCUAUAGGCCUUUCAACAUGAAGUUCUACCAGAUGACUGGCCAUGACUUUGGCUGGGACUGAGGCUGGAAAAAAUAAUUUAAAGAAAUAAAAACGAAAAAUAUAUUUUUGUACAUAUCAAUAGAGAAGGGAAAUUAAUAUUUGUGCUAAUGUCUGGUGAUUCCAGUUAAUAUUUUCUUUUGGAUGCAAAUGUCACAGUUUUCUAUUUUAUGUAUUUUGUUGACCUUUCCACAGGUCCAGGCUGUGAAUUGAAGUCUGACUCAAUUCACUUGUUUAUUUACCUCAGUGAGACCAAACCAUGGCCUCAUCUUGAUAGACACAAGACACAACUUUCCAUCUGGCAUCUUUGAAUUUUCCCCCAGUAGUUUGGAGCCAUCAGUCUGUAAUUUUCUGGGGUCAGUGCACAGAUUUUUUUAAAGUGAUACUGACUGGUGACUUUUGUGACCAAAAUAAUCAGGAUUGGAAGGUAUCUCUCUAGUUCGGCUGCAGCCCUACCAUGUCAUAUGAUGUGAAGAGUUAAGAUGACUUUGGCAUCACAAAAGUCUCUUAGAACAAAUAUCAUGAGGGUAUAUAUUUGCAGAGAGCAUCAUGAUGUGUAUUCAGUAAACACUUAGCUGGGUAGUUCAAAUUACAAAGUAUUGAACAAAGAUGUGUAGCUAUUCACUCACCUGAUUUCCACUUAACUCAACAAACAACACACAACAGAAAUCAGCUGUACCCAGAUAGUGCCCAAUACCAUCAAGGAGAGGAGCAAUCUCUCUAGUCCUAUUGAAGCAUUACAAUUUCCCAAGGUAUAACAGUGGUUCUCUGUUUGUACUUCUAAAGCUAAAGUACACCUUUGGGAUUGGGUCAUUAGGCAUUUGCGGAAGAGUGGUGUGAGGCCUUGUCCAAACACAUGACUCUAAACCUAGAUGUUUUCACAGAGAAGAUCCAAUAUUCAAACUAAUUAAGAUAAAGUAUCUUCAUUAUGGUUUGAAAGGCUUUUCAAAGCCUUACUCCUCCACCCCCAACUCACCCACCUGUUGUCUCCAUAAAGCCUUAUAUUAGCUCAGAUUUCUCUAGCCAGAGCCCAGUGACAGCUGGGCUGAGCCGAAGAGUCAACAGUAGGGAGCAACAAAACCAAGUCAUUUUCUCUGCCAUCCCCCCACUUAAGCACAAGAGGCCAUGAGGUCAUUGUGCGCACUACCUUCAGCCAAUCCACUCAGCCUCCUUUCUCAGCUCAGAAUGUUCUGUCUCUAGCCUUCAGCUCUAUUCUGGCAGUGUCUUGUGCCAUAAAACAUCUGGGUAAACAUGUGAUAAUACCCAAACAAAGAAGGGAAAGUAGCGAAUAGGUCACUUGAGAAUGUAACACAGGACAAAGCUGGCUUGCUCUAGCUCACAGCGACCUUUUACUCUGAGGGACUUCUGAGGGCUUGAUUCAUCCCAAAUAUAGUGAUCAGUGAUAACAUAUUGAAAAGACUACGCUGACUGUGACCCAAAGAGUGGAAAGAGCAGCAGCAGCAGCAACUGUGUUAUCCUGUGCUUUCUCAGCUUAUUCAAACAGCAGUAUACUCCGGAGUGGAUGCUAUACUGGGAUGGGAGUUAUCCUGGCCACGAAACACCAUGGUAUCAUUUGUUUGAAAGCCUUUCCAUUAACAGCACAUGGAAGAGAUUGGAAAAAAUGGCCCCCAGCCCCCAAGUUCUUGGCUUUUCCAAAACUUCCUUGGGGGUGGGGGAAGGAAUCCUUUUUCAAACAACAACAAAAGGUAACCUUCAAAACCGGAGCAAUGAACUGUUCCUCAAAUUCAAAACACAGAAACAUUCUAACAAUUGUAAAUAUCUGUCAUCAUCUGACCAGCUAAGAUGAUGAGCUGAUAUUGGCACUGAUACCAACUGAGGCCAACCAUUCUUUCACACAUUUUCAGCCACCAUGAGUCCAGAAGGGCGAUCCUCAUCAGUUGUACAGCCUUGCAAUGUGUGAGUUACAUCCCUACAAUACAAAUAUGUCACAGCCAGUGAUUUGGCCUGGCAUCUUCUGAAUCAAGCUUCUUCAUUAUAAGGCCCAGGGGCCAGUGGUGACUCCCCAUCAACCCUUAGUGUGGCACCCUUAAUAAUUGUUUACUGGGCCUGUGUGAAGCUUUGGCCAGAGCUGAAUACUCUGCACAGUCCCCUGGCACCAUGCAGAGAUGGUGACCAUUCUCACCAUGCAGUGUUGUGCUUUGCCCAGUGCUGGGGACUCCUUUAAGGGAAAUGGAGCCUCCUUGAGCCCCUGCACCAUCUUGAAAGGCAUGCACAGAGAGCUGGGAAGUGAAGCCCUUCUGAGAGCGCUUAAGAGAGGGCUCCAUCUCUCUUAAAGGGCCCUCCCAGUGCUGAAAAAAGCACAGUACAGGGAAACCUCGUUAUCCAUGGAUUCAUUAUCCAUGGAUUUGCGUAUCUGCGGUCAGGAAAAAGACACCCAACUUCGGCAUACAUGGGGGGGAACCCAACAACAUGUCGACCUCCCAUACCAUUUUGUUUCUCAGAGCCUCAAAAUGGCUCCAUCUUAAAACAACAAACACUGAUUUUCGGCCCAUUUUCAGCCAAUCUGGGGGCAUUCCAGGGCACAACAUGACUCUGGGGGAGCAGCAAAGCAUGGUGCAGGCUCCCCCCCCAAAAAAAAAAUUGGCCAAUUUUUGGAGAUUUUCCCGAUGACCAGGAACCUAAUCCCUGGGAUCCCAAAGCCCCCAGUGCCUUGAUAUUUGCAGUUUCCCUAUCCGUGGUUGCAGCCAGGAAUGGAACCCCUGCAAAUAUCUAGGUCCUCCUGUACUGUGUGUGGGGGUCAGCACAGUGGCAAACAGUUCUCACAUUGAAGAGUUUGGGUUGGGUUAGGUUUUUUGGCCAAAGUGGCUUUCAUUUGAAAAAUAGUGAAGAUCAUUGCUCUAUAUUAUUACUUAGUAGCAGAGCAACUAUGAGGAUCAGACUAUAAUUACACUAUAGACCUAGAACAAUCUCUUUCUUUCAGUUAAUAUUUGUUAACUGUAGUUCUUCUGUUGCAGGCUGUUAGACUUCAUCCCUUGUUGCUCCUGCUCACAUUUCCAGUGCUGAGGGCUAAACUAGAUGUGACAGUGACUGACAUAUAUUUCUUUUCACAUGUUUGUGCUGUUCAUAUGUAAGGUGAGACAUUGGAGGGCUUACUUUGAUAGUUUAAAAAAAAGCAUGCAGGAGAGGGGUGCUGUACUUUCCCCCACUCCCCACCUUACCUCCCUUCCAUCCAUUGCUUUGCUGCUUUUCUAUAUUAUCAGCUUACUUCCAGUACCAGAGCCAAGAAGGGGGAAAGAUGUUGAAUAGGGUUGUGCGGGGUUUUUUUUCUGUUUUGUUUUUGGCCCGAAUCUGAAACACCCCCAUUUUAUUCUUUGUUCGAAACCAUCCAGUCUGAAACACCCCAUUUUGUUCUUUGUUAGAAAUUGCAAAAUCUGAAUUCAAAAUGUUUUGGAUUUUAAAAAAUGGCCCCAGGGCAAAACUAGUGGGUGGGGGUGGUAGUGCCCAAUGGGUGGAAGCUACCACCCAAAUUUCAGAGGAAUUGGGCAAAGGGCUGAUUUUUGGAAAUUUUUGAUAUUUAAGAUUUUCCCCAUGGGCAAUAAUGGAGGUUUCAGCAGCCCCAUAA